UCAAAAGUACACAUCACACCACAGAAUACAUGUACAAGUUGGUCCCCGUUUUGAGAGAACGCAACAUUUUCUAGAAUUUGAUCAGAGUUGUCAUCACUGUAGUUGAAGUGAAAGACAGUUCGGGAGCAAUGGACUACAUUAAAUCAAUUCCAACUCACAUGGAUUACAAAGGUCAGAAGCUUGCCGAACAGCUCUUCCAAGGCAUCAUCAUUCUGUUUGCUGUUGUAGGUUUUAUCUGGGGCUAUGUCUGUGAGCAGUUUGUCCAGACGAUCUACAUUCUAGGAGCAGGGUUUGUCCUGUCAUGCAUAUUGACGCUUCCCCCGUGGCCAAUCUACCGGAGGAGCCCAAUAGAGUGGCGGAAACCACAUGAGGACACUGAAACAGAGACAAAGGAAGCUGCACCUGCUAAAGAGAAGAAAUCCUCCAGAAGAAAAGAGAAGGCCAAGUGAUACUUCCAUCCUCCUGUUAGCGGAGCUACAAUCUGACCCCACUCCCAGUUUACCCCCACCCCCCUCACAGGGGUACAGUCUUAAUGUAAUACUUAGUCUUGCGACGAUAAGUCAUUUUAAAUCCACAGAGUUUUUUUUCGUCUCCCGGAGCCAGGUUACAUUUAUGUACAGUGUAGUAGUUUUUGGUGUCUCAAGUGUAUUGAGGACUAUUGGCUUCAUUGGCACAUCAGUAUGAUCUAGUUCGAUUAAAUAAAUGCAUGUGACCCAGCCACAAGCCGUCUAGCCCCAUUUGAGUUAAUAGACAUUAACGGCACCUUGCAUGAUACACAUCAACGAGAAGCCUCAACAUUUUGCACUCAUUGAAUGUCCAUAUUUAUUGGGAUUCCAAAUUGGGCCAUAUGUGGAAACAAACAUCUCAGUGUGCUUUCCUAUGGCAAACCGAGACGAUCUGAGUGAAACAUGGCUUCAGACUCAUUUACUGGAAUCUAGUCACAUGUAGUUUGACGACAAGGGCAUGUAUUAAAAUGACUCAAAUCAUUGUCUGAAAUAUCCUCAAAGAUGUUACUCAUACCCCUACAAACACCAUGUGUAUUGUUUGACUUCGUCAUAUUUGAGUUAAGUGAAACCAUCUAUGAUUUGAAUGAUGUGAUUUACCAGCGAGUUAUUUCUCCAGGGAAAAAUUGAUAUUUACACGAGUGGAUUUGUGAUGACUCGAUAAACUGCACAAAUUAUGCGUGUCAGUAUUGUUGACCUUAUAUGGCUAAAUUGGUGAAAUCUGCGUCAGAAAGUAUGUUGCAUUUUGGCUGAACUGAACUCCCUCUACCUUAAAUUUCUUCAUAUCCAACUCCAACAAGCUACAGCUGAGUUCUUCCCAUUUUGUCAAAGCAAAAAAUUUACUUUCUCUAAAUUGAGUUAAAUUAUCUGUAUUGUUCGUAAUUUUGAAAUCAUUGUUUGGUAACAUUUGGUGCCAACCAAGCAUUAAAGACAUUUUAAGUCAUCGGGGCAAAGUUGAUAAUUAUUCCUGGUUCAAUACUUGUAUGACUGCCGAAUGAUCAUUGAAUAUCUGAUACAUGUAGGGCCUACAUUUCCUCUGUCGAGCAAAAGUAUGGCAGUUCUGAGCAUCUUCAAAUUUGAAUCGGUCUUCAAUAAAAUAAAGAGAAAAAGUUAAA